AUGCGCGCGUACGUCAAUCGCGUGGAGGAGCUUGGCGAGCGCUUGGUGGAACUCGACGCGAGCGUGGACGACGACAAUUGGAUCAUGACACUCCUUGCGGGCCUCGGCGAAGCGUGGUCAGUGGUGAUCACCACGUUGGAUGGGACGCAAGCUACAUGGAAGAAGGAGCAAGUGGUGGCUCGCCUCAUCAACGAAGAGGUGAGGUGCACGAAAUUGCAUGGCGAUGCAAUCGGUGCGGCACACUUCUUCCGCGAUGCGAAGGCGAAAGGGACGAGUCACUUCAAGCGGCGCAACGACGGCAACAACCGCGGGAGCUCAAAAGGGAGCGCAACGGCCUCAAGCUCAUCAUGGGGGGGACCGGCCAACGCCAAUCGAGCUCGAACGGGCGGCGGAGCUUGUUGGUUUUGCAAGAGGACCAAACAUUGGUGGCGCGAAUGUCCCGUCAAGCCGGCGAAUUGGAAGUCGUCUUCAAGUGACGACAACCGGCGUGCGCAUGUGGCGACAUUCGACAACAACGACCGAGAGUUCAUCUUCGUUGCAAGUGGCACAACCGUCGGUGGUGUUGAUGCGUGGGUACUCACGCAUCAACACAUGACGACAUGCACGACACUUCUCAACAACAUGACAACGGAGGAUCCCAGUAAGCGCGUGAUGUUCGGCAACCGUGACACGUUGGACGUCAUCGGACAAGGCGAGUUGCAGCUCAUGGUGGACGGCGGCCCACUCACCAUCAAGAACGUCUUUGUGGUUCUCGGCAUGGCGGAUGGCGUACACAUCGGCACGGCACGCCGAGCGGGAGGACUCUUCGUGCUCGACGCUCUCCCAAGUGUGGCGACGGCUCAAGCAGCUACCUCGACAAUCACUCUCUCAACGUGGCAUAAUCGGUUUGGCCACCUCCACCACGACGCUAUUCAAGCCAUGGAAACUAAGGGGAUUGUCCAAGGCUUGGAGUUUGUGCGCUCGGGUGGGGACGACGAGAAGUGUGUCAGUUGCCUUGAAGGAAAAAUGGCACGGAAGCCAUUUCCACCCAGCACGAAGCCGGACGCCACCGAACCUCUCAAGCUUGUUCACACGGACUUGUGCGGACCAAUCACUCCCACGUUGAAAGGCGGCGCGCGCUACAUCCUCACGCUCCUUGACGACGCGACGCGGACGUGUUGGAUUCGGCUUCUCAAACACGAGAACGCCACGUCAACUCUACUCAAGCAAUGUGUAGCGCGUGUGGAGACGGAAAGCGGCUUCAAGGUGAAGCGCCUUUGCUCGGAUGGAGGUGGCGAAUACACCGCUCGGGAGCUCGGCGAUUGGUUGAAAGGGCGUUGGACCGCGCAUGAGUUCUCGACGCCGUACACGCCUCAACAAAAUGGAGUGGCCGAACGUUUGAACCGCGCGUUGAUGGAGUCGGCCCGAAGCCUACUCUCAUAUGCUCACGUGGAGAAGCAUUGGCGGGGUGAGGCGGUUACGUUGGCAACUCGGAUUCGCAACUGGUGCGUGACCAAGGCGUUGCUGAACAAGACGCCUCUUGAGGCUUGGAGCGCCACCUUCCCCUCCAAGUCUACGAACGUGCCCUCGGUCAUCAUCGUCCCUCCACCCUUGGAUGCCGCGGAUGAGGCGGAUGACGCUCUUACGGCUCCUCCUCCUAGUAUGAUUGAGGGGGAGAAUGGAUCGGGUGCAGUUGGAGUGAGUGGGGAUGAAGGAAAUGCCAAGGAAAGUGACCCUUCGCCUCCUCCUCCCACUAUUACUCCCACCCUCGUAUCCACUCGCACUCGGAGGACUCCUCAUCCCAACUCAAAGUACGAUGAUUAUUCCCUCGUGGCGGGGGACGAUGAGGGAGGGAGAGACGCCAUGUGCCUUGAGGCGUACACCGACACCCCGUCCACCUACCAAGGCGCUAUGAGCUCGGCGGAAGCGGCGGAAUGGAAACGUGCGCUUCAAGAGGAGUACGAUUUGCUCAUGGCAAACGACGCCAAUGGAGCGGACGUGCAGAACAAGCUUGCCGUUGAAUUCUCCAAGCGUUACCUCGGCGCAGUCUCCCACUACCUUGGGAUGCACAUCGAUCGUGAUCGAGGGAACAAGACCCUCGCCCUCCACCAAAACAAGUACUUGGAAAGCGUAGUAGAUCGCUUCGGCAUGAUCGAGAGCAAGCCUACACCGACACCCAUGGAAGCGGGGUUUCAUCCCUUGGCCGUGAGCGACGAGAACCCGAUGGAUCCCAAGAGCGCCAAGACCUUCCACUCGAUCGCUGGGUCGUGCAUGUAUACCGCAGUGAGCACGCGACCCGACCUCUCCUUUCCCGUUGGAGUGCUUGGGCGUGUCGUCUCCAACCCCAUGGUCGAGCAUGUGUGA